AUGCCGUGGCGCACGUGGUCCGAGGUGCCGCCGACGCCGCCAGAAGAUGCUCCGGAUUUCUUCUUGGAAGUCUUCGGCGGCCAGGCGAAGGCGACUCAUGAACUAAUGCAUCGUAGGGUGCCGUGUCUCCCUCCCGUCGACCUCGACGCCGCGCUGGGCCACGAGUCGACCGACGUCUCCGACGUCACAGUUUUGGAGAAGAUCCGACAAUGGACUCGAGCCGAGAAGUUGCACUUGGUCUACCCGCAGAGCCUGUCGCGGAAGAUCGCAGAGCUCAUUUGGCGAGACCUUGCCGGAGUGCGCGGACGUGUGAACUUGAAGCACGUUGGCGCCAUGACCGAGGACCACGUGUACGUGGGCAGGGACUGCCAGUCUGCGCGGGCACGCGGUCUACGGGGGUCCAUUUGGGCGAACCCGUUCAAGGUGGGACAGAGCUCUUCCAGGGAAGCGUGCGUCGAGAAGUACAGGCACUUCCUGCUCCAACAACCGGGCCUGCUUCGGCAAUUGCCCACUCUACGGGGCAAGAUUCUGGUCUGCCACUGCGACGCGGACGCCCCGUGCCACGCAGACGUGCUGCUGGACUUGCUAGAGCAAGGCAACCACAGCGACGGUCGAAUCGUCCAGUUCCAGGCUUUCUUCGGCCUCAAGACGGCCAGCCGGAAACGCAAACAGCGCCUCGGCUUGGUACCUCCGAUCUUCCCAGUGGAUUUGGAGCCGGGCGAGGCGAUCCGCAGGGCUCUGGCGGCGCAGCACCCUUUUGACGUGGACGUCACGUUGACGGUCGCCGAGCAGCAGUGCGUCGAGAGACUAGUGAGCGGCACCGCCGGCGAGUUCCAGGCGACAGCGCACGAGUUCUGGAAGCAACGUGCCACGGAGCUAAAGGAGCGCAGCCUGGACGAGAUCUACAACAUGCCGGACCCGUUCAUCAGGAAUUUGUUCUUGAAGAACACGCGGGCGCGGCGCAAAGACGUGCAGCUUGGCGACUUCGUGCACCUUGCACUUUACCGAGAGCUCGCUGCCGCGGCAAACGUUGCGGACAGCGGCUACAUCGACGAGUUCGCGCAUGGCCUGCCCGUCAUUGGCACUGUGCGCCCAUCAGGCAGGUGGCCGCCGCUUGACGAGAUCGUCGCACCUGCGAUUUCCGAGGCAGAGCUACGGGACAGGGCCUGGGAAUUGCAGGACAAGAUCGCAAGGAGGGUGUCGAGGCAGAAGAGCCCCGAGUUGCGCAAGGCACUAUGGGACGAUGCGUUGGCUGACCGCGAGCGAGGUCAGUGCAUCGGGCCGUUCUUGUCGAAGAAAGAGGUCUCGGAGGUUGUCGGGGCCAGCGCCUGGGUACCCACGGAGCGUUUCGGGCUCUGGCAGAAGGACAAGACGAGGGGCAUCGACAACGCGGCAGGCGGCGCGGGGUCGCAGCUCAACCUGGCGACUGCCGCGACGGAGAAGCUCCGCUUGCCGUCCACCGACGCCAACGUCGGCCUCCUCAAAAUCUUGCACGAGAAGCUGGGCCGCCGACAGGUGGGCGGCUGGGUGUUGGACGAAUCGGCCGCGUAUAGACAGGUGCCGGUGGCGCCGCGCCAUCGAAGGUAUGCCGUGAUUGCGAUGGCCGAGCCCGGCACUGGUGAGGUGGCGUAUUUCGUGAUGAUUGGACACUCGUUUGGCUUGGUCUCCGCCGUCUACAACUAUAACAGGAGGGCGGCUAUCAUCACAGACGUCCUGAUCGUUGUGUUCGGCAUCUUGGCGCGAAAUUAUUACGAUGACAAGUUUGGCUUCACGGCCAAACACCUCGCGGCGCAGGAGUCCGACAUUGUGGCGGACGUGCACCGCUGGCUGGGCGUGGAGUACUCCGAGCGCAAGCUGCAGCGCGGGCAGAACAUAGUCGUCCUCGGUAUUCGCUACGACCUGCAGGAACACACGCUCGAGGUCACCGAGCAGAGGCGGCGCGAGCUGCAAGCUGCCUUGGGCGAGGCGGUCGCGACAGACAGCCUGACGCCAGCAUUCGCCGGGAAACUCAAAGGAAGGCUGGAGCACGUGGCGUCGCACCUGUGGGGGGGGUUCGGUCGCUCCUUCCUGCGGGCGCUGGCGGAACGCCAGUGGCAACGUGGAGGGGGUCACAGCCUGAACCGCGCCCUCCGGAGAUCGCUGCAAUUCUGGCUCUGGCUGUUGGAGACGAGAGGAGUCCCACGCAGCUUGGUGAAGCAGGGCAGGCUCGAGAGCGACAUUGUCAUCUUCACCGACGGCUACUUCCCGGACCCGAGGGACGACGCGCGCGACCAGCAACCGCGAGUGGGGUGGCUGGUGCUGAACACGUCCUCGGGCGCGGCGAGCGUCGGGAAAUGGGAGGUGCCCCAGAACCUCAUGAGGAGGUGGCUGCCGCGCAAGACACAGAUCGCGAUGGUCGAAGCCUUCGCGGCCGUGCUUGUCGUGGACCAAUACAGGCACGAGCUGGCAGGCAAGAGGGCCCUCCUGUUCAUCGACUCAGACGCCGUGCUCGCUUCCUUGAUUAAGGGCUACUCGGCCAAGGAAGACCUAUGCGAGCUGGUGGGUUUCUUCUGGAGGAGGUGCGCGGCGAGCAGGAUCGCGGUGUACUUGGACAGGGUGCCCACCGACGCAAAUCCAGCCGACGGACCUUCCAGAGGCAGCUGCGAGGAGCUGUGUGCCUGCGGGGCCGUGGCCGUGGCAGCAACUCCGUCCCGAGACCUUUGGGACGCGGCGCCGGAUCCGCAGUGA